GUUUGAUUUUCAAGGUUGAUAUAUAUACAUAUAUUGCUAAAGUCAGGUACAGUUAUGGUAUCCUGAACUAUUUAAUUCGGCCGAGUUGAAACAUAAGUACCUAUGUUCAUAUUUAUCCACCCCGUUCGCUACUUAGCGUGCUUCGCGGAGCACUACACACUUCACGCGUCCAGUUUCGGACACUACACCCUUAAUGGGAGGAUAGAGGUAGGUACAUUGAGAGGGAGGGGAGAGGGAAUAGCAAACACCAAGAAAAGAAAAGAAAAGAGAAGAAAAGAAAAGAAAAGAAAAGAAAAGAAAAAAAAAAAAGCCGCAAUACUAAAUGCUGCUACUACUACCCGGGGAUGUCAAGACUCCGGGCACCUGGUUCAGGAUGAGUGGGAAGAAAAAAGAAAUGGGUAGGCUUUGGUGUUUGUGAUACCUGAGCAUAUUUCCUUGGAUUUGACCCAGCAGGUCCAGUUUAUUCUGUUAGGUGGCAGGUUGGGAGACGUAGUUGAUCAUAGGUUGGCGCUAAGUAAGAUACGUUAACGCAGAAUGA